CCGGGAUCAAACAUGGCUGCUCUGGACGGGAAAAUGCGUUCGACUCCCGGAGCAGCUCCUGUGAAACUCGUGUUUCUAGGGGGUACUCCACGGGUGAGAAAAUUGAGAAUGUAUUUCGCGUAACGCCUCUGUUUUCUAUCUACCUGCACUCUGUGCUGGGAAAAUGAGUUACCCAUUUGGGAAAGAGGAAACCGCUACAGAGGAGCAGCUUUUUGAAUUUUUCUGUGAGUGCCUGCGGAGGGGAGACUGGGAGUUGGCACAAGCAUGUGUACCUCAACUACACAGGGGACAAGGGGAGAUCCCCCAAAAGGUGGAGGACAUACUACAGGCGCUGGUGCAGUGUCCCAUUCUGCUAAGAUGUGGGCCAGACAUCAACCCUCAAAGAUUAGCCUGGCUCUGGCUUCUCGUAUUAGAAAAAUGGCUGGCCCCAGAAAAGAAAUUACGUUCUACAGCUUUCCGGAGAAAACUGGAGUUUCUUUUUUUGUCAGAAGACCUCCAAGGUGACAUUCCAGAGACCAUCCUCAAGGAGCUGUUUGAAACCCUAGCACAAGGCCCAGCGGGCAGUAUACCUGACAGAAGUCAGAGGUGUGAGAGCGGGACCCCUCAGCUCAGCCCCGAAGCUGUCUCCAUGCUCUGGAACCUUCUGAAGCAGGCCCCGCGGCCAGCCCAGGCCCUGUUGGAGCUGCUGCUUGAGGAGCACCACAGUGCCAGCCCCUGUCCCAGUCCUCUGAAGAAAUCCCUGCUGGACCUCAUCCGAGAGGCUUUGCAGACCCUGCGGGACCCUGCCUCUCAGUCCCCCGGGGUGGCUGAUGCUGUCUGUGGAGCCCUUCAGGCUCUGUGCUGCACGGCUGAGCUACCAGAGAGUGAAUGGCGUGUCCUGUGUGAGGAACUGUUAGAGACCUGCAGGACUGAGGGCAGUCCCCUGCAGGAGGAACGGCUGCUUGGUUGCCUGUUGCACAAGGCUGGACGGAGCCUACUGUCCCUCUAUGGCCACACCUAUGCAGAGAAGGUGGCAGAAAGGCCACCAAAGACCACACUUGCAGGAAAAGAUCAUCCUGAUCCCGAGCGGGCGAUGCUGACCCUGUUCUCCACUCCUGACCCAUCCCAUGCGUGGAAAAUGGCCUUUUUCUACUGCCUGAGUAACAACAAACACUUCCUGGAGCAGAUCCUUGUGACAGCACUUACCCUGUUGAAAGAGGAAGAUUUCCCAAGCCUUGGAUCCCUGCUUGAUAGAGAAUUCAGGCCUCUCAGUCACCUGCUCGUGCUCCUGGGCUGGACACACUGCCAGAGCCUUGAAUCAGCUAAGAGACUACUCCAGACUCUCUACAGGACCCAGGACCAGGGCCAUGAUGAGCUUCUCAGGGAUGCCUGUAAAGGAUUGUGGGCUCACUUGGAAGUCUUGGAGUGGUGCGUACAGCAGAGCAGCAACCUCAUACCAAAGAGAGAGCUCUUGUGUCACUUACAUGGUGGAGACAGCCGCUCAGUGCUCUACUCUCUCCAUCACCUUACAAACCUUCCAGCCCUCAACGAGGAAGAAGUCCUCAAGCUGUUCCAGAAGGAGCCAACCAAGGACCUCCAGGGAGAGCAUGAGACCCAUGAUGCCUCCGUCCCCGAGCACCUGAGCCAGAGUCAGAGCCUGACCCUCUACCAGGGCUUCUGUGCCAUGAAGUAUGCGAUCUACGCCCUCUGUGUGAACUCACAUCAGCACUCUCAGUGCCAGGACUGCAGAGACAGCGCCUUGGAGGACUUGGCCUUAGUGGAGCCAGGCAGUGAUUCUCCCCCCUCCCCAGGUGCUUCACAUCUCUUCCCAACAUACCUGGCCAGGUGCCGACAGUAUUUACACAGCAUCCCUGCCUCUCUGUGCCUGGAAAUUCUGGAAAACAUCUUCUCAUUGCUCCUCAUUACCUCUGCCGAACUUCACCCAGAGCCUCACCUGCCCGAGGACUACGCCGAGGAUGAGGACAUUGAGGGGAAAGGCCCCUGGGGUUUGAGGUCCCCAUCAGAGAGCCCUCAGCACAUAGCCACAACUGAGAGGCGGUCAGAGCGGGCUUCCACGGGACCCAAGAACCUUGCUCAGCCUGGCUGUCCAAAGGCAGAACCGAAAGACAGUUCACCAGAGCCUCACAAGCACAGCUUUUUGGAUCUGAAGCACUUUACUAGUGGCGUGAAUGGAUUCCUGGCCGAUGAGUUUGCAAUAGGAGCAUUCCUCAGCCUUCUUCAGGAGCAACUCAGUGAAAUCAGCAGCCCCCGCACUCCCGAGCAGGCAAAGCUGCCAGAAGACCAGAGCUGUUCAGCGGCCAGAGAUGGACUGCAGAGCCGCCUGCACAGGUUCUCAAAGGUUCUCUCCGAGGCACAAUGGCGGUACAAAGUGGUAACGAGAAACCAGGGCUCAGAAGAGCAACCUUCCCGAAGAUACCGGCCCAUUGCUACAAGGCACUCUAGUCUCCGCCGAGGUCGUCGGACCAGAAGGACCCGGGCAGAUGGCCGGGAAAAAGGCUCCAACCCAUCCCUGGAAGGGACAAGUAGUGAGCUGAGCACAAGUACUUCAGAAGGGAGUCUGAGUGCUGUGUCUGGGCAGGUGGAGUCAGACAACCGGUUUCAGCCCCAGCCUCAGAGUUCGAUCAUCCCCAUGAUGUUCUCCUCCCCGGAGUCUCUGCUGGCAUCCUGUAUCCUAAGGGGGAACUUCGCAGAAGCUCAUCAGGUGGUACUCAUGUUCAACCUGAAGUCCUCACCUAGCGCCGGGGAGCUGAUGUUUGUAGAGCGAUACCAAGAGGUGAUCCAGGAGCUGGCCCAAGUAGAACAUAAGAUUGAAAACCAGAAUUCAGAUGGGGGUAACAGCACCAUCCGGCGCACUGGCAGUGGGCGCUCAACUCUCCAGGCCAUCGGCAGUGCCGCAGCAGCAGGGAUGGUAUUUUACUCCAUCUCUGAUGUGACUGACAAGCUCCUUAGCCCCUCUGAAGACCCCAUCCCCACGCUUCAGGAGGAUUUUUGGAUAAAUGCUAUUCCCAUGGAGACCACCACACCUCUUAGAGAAGUUCUGGAAGACCUCAGUCCCCCUGCCAUGGCUGCAUUCGACCUAGCUUGCUGCCAGUGCCAGCUCUGGAAGACCUGCAAACAGCUCCUAGAAACAGCCGAGCGGCGACUGAGCAGCAGCCUUGAGAGCCGGGGUCGAAGGCUCGACCAGGUUGUCCUGAAUCCUGAUGGUAUACGAGGUUUUCCAUUUGUCCUUCAGCAAAUUAGUAAGAUUCUAAGUUACCCACUUACACAAACGGGACUGACCAAAUCAGAGACUCUAGAAGAAAGGGGAGGAGGCGCUCCACGCAGCAGCAUCUCUGAGCUGCUUCAGAUGUGCUGGCCCAGCCUCACCGAAGACUGCGUUGCCAGCCACACCAGCCUUUCCCAGCAGCUGGAGCAGGCUCUGCAGUCACUGCGAGAGGCAUUAGCAUUGCCAGAGCCCAAGAGUACUCCACUCUCUUGCCUAGUGGAGCAGGCAGCCCAGAAAGCCCCCGAGGCAGAGGCCCACCCUGUGCGCAUCCAAAGUCAGCUCCUCCAGAAGACCCUGGGAAGACAGACCCCAGCAGGCCCCAGACAAACUGACUACGUGGGAGCCUUCUUCAGCUACUGCAGCAGCCUGGCUGCUGUCCUCCUUCGGAGUCUGAGCUCCGACCCUGAUCAUGUGGAGGUCAGGGUUGGAAAUCCCUUUGUUCUCCUGCAGCAGAGCUCUUCCCAACUGGUGUCACAUCUCCUGCUUGAAAGACAGGUUCCCCCAGACAGGUUGGCAGCCCUCCUUGCCCAAGAGCAUCUCAGCCUAAGUGUGCCACAGGUCAUUGUCAGCUGCUGCUGUGAGCCCCUGACUCUUUGCCUAUCCCGACAAAGCCAGCAGGCCUCAUCCCUCCUGACCCACCUAGGCAUGCUGGCUCGAGAGCACGCCUCUCACCUUCUGGAUGGCCUGCCCCUCUCUCUGCCGGGCUCCCCUGGACCAAGCGAGAAUCCCUCAGCAGAGAGAAAGUCUCAUUCCUCCCCAAAGGAUUCACUCCCGGCCUUCACCGCCUCUGCCUUGGCCUUCCUUAAGUCUCGCUCGAGGAUACUGGCCAUGGUGGCCUGUCUACGGGCUUCCCGAGGGACAAAGGUCAGCAAGCCUGGCCUGUCUUGGAAGGAACUGCGUGGUCGCAGGGAGGCACCCCUGACUGCAGAGAAGGUAGCCCAGGAGUGUGAGCACCUCCUGGAACAGUUUCCUGUGUUUGAGGCUGCCCUCCUGGCUAACUGGGAGCCUCUGCAGCAAGCUUCUGAGUCAAGACAGAGUCUGGCAGCCAGUCUCUGUGGGCAGUCCAAUCUCUCCACUGUGCUUCUGGGCCUACAUGCUUCGCUGGCCCUGGACGUACUAACUGAGGCCUUUGAGGGAGCAUUGGUGGCCAGAGAUUGGCCACGGGCCCUUCGACUCAUUGACGUGUAUGGGCAAGAUUUGGAUGACUUGAGCAGUGUACGGGAUUCCGUCCUGACCUGUGCUGCUGUGUGUGACAAGGAAGGUUGGCAGUACCUGUUUCCUGUGAAGGAUGCAUCCCUGAGAAGUCAGCUGGCCCUACGGUUUGUGGACAAGUGGCCCCUGGAGUCCUGCCUGGAGAUCCUGGCCUACUGUGUUUCAGACAUGGCUGUCCAAGAAGAACUGAAAUCUGAGCUGCAGAGGAAGCUGAUGGAGCUGCGGGUCUAUCAGAAGAUCCUAGGCUUACAGGAUCCCCCAAUGUGGUGUGACUGGCAGACCCUGAGGAGCUGCAGUGCUGAGGACCCAUCAGCUGUCAUGGACAUGAUGCUGGAUUCACAGGAGUAUGAACUAUGUGAGGAGUGGGGCCGUCUGUACCCCAUUCCAAGAGAGCACUUGGUCAGUCUGCAUCACAAACAUCUUCUCCACCUGCUAGAAAGAAGAGAGAAUGAAAAGGCUCUUCAGCUCCUGCAACGAAUCCCUGAUCCCACCAUGUGCCUUGAAGUCACAGAGAGGUCCCUCGACCAGCACCCUAGCUUAGCCACAUCACACUUCUUGGCCAACUACCUCACCUCCCACUUCUAUGGAGAGCUGACCACUGACCGACACCGUGAGAUCCAGGCACUGUACAUGGGAUCUAAGGUUCUUCUGACCCUGCCUGAACAGCACCGGGCCAGCUAUGCCCGUUUGUCCUCCAGCCCUCUGCUCAUGUUAGAGCAACUGCUGAUGAACAUGAAGGUGGAUUGGGCCACCACGGCCGUGCAGACUCUGCACCAGCUGCUGGCCGGACAAGACAUCGGCUUCACCCUCAAGGAGGUUGACUCGUUGCUCUCCAGAUACGCAGGGAAAGCCCUGGACCUCCCGUACCCUCUGAGAGAGAAACGAUCAGAUUCCAUGAUUCACCUCCAGGAGCCUGUCCACCAAGCUUCAGACUCAGAGACCCUGUCUGGGUCGUCGUCAGCUGAGUUCUCUGCGGCUGCUGCUCCUGGAAGUGCCUUAGUCCGUUCCCCCAGUCCAAAGGAGAGAGCGUUCCCUCAGACUCAGCCACCAGUGGAGUUCGUGCCCCCAGAAACACCCCCUGCCAGGGAUCAGUGGGUUCCAGAUGAGACUGAGAGUGUCUGCAUGGUCUGCUGCAGAGAGCACUUCACUAUGUUCAACAGGCGUCAUCACUGUCGCCGCUGUGGGCGCCUAGUGUGUGGUUCCUGUUCCACUAAGAAAAUGGUGGUGGAAGGCUGCAGAGAAAACCCCACACGCGUGUGUGACCAGUGCUACAGUUACUACAACAAAGAUGCACCAGAGGAGAGCCCAUGCCGGUCAGAAGGUAAGGCUGAGCUUGUUCCUGUGUCUCUGUUGUGGAUGCAACGCAUGACCGUGGGGCAACUCAAUCCACUUGGAGACGACUGUCAGCAGUUUAGUCAGUGCCUUUCCACAGCAGCUCAGUUUCCAGUGGAUGAGCCAUGUCUUUCAGAGUUUCUUGCCCCCAGCGCCUCCCUGUGCAUUGCCAUCCUGAACCUGCACCAAGACAGCAUUGCCUGUGGUCACCAGCUGAUUGAGCACUGCUGCAGGCUGUCCAGGGGCCUCACCAACCCAGAGGUGGACGCCGGGCUGCUCAUAGACAUCAUGAAGCAGCUACUCUUCAGUGCCAAAAUGAUGUUCGUCAAGGCUGGCCAGAGCCAGGACUUGGCUCUCUGUGACAGCUACAUCAGCAAGGUAGAUGUCCUGCAUCUUUUAGUCGCUGCUGCCUACCGCCAUGUGCCAUCUCUAGAUCAGAUCCUACAGCCAGCAGCGGUAACCAGACUGAGGAACCAGCUCCUGGAAGCUGAGUACUACCAACUGGGCGUUGAGGUCUCUACAAAGACUGGGCUUGAUUCCACAGGAGCAUGGCAUGCCUGGGGCAUGGCCUGCCUCAAAGCCGGGAACCUCACUGCUGCGAGGGAGAAGUUCACUCGCUGCCUGAAGCCUCCUUUGGACCUGAACCAAUUAAGUCAUGGCUCGAGGCUCAUCCAAGAUGUGGUCGAGUACCUGGAGUCCACAGUGAGACCCCUCGUUUCCUUGCAAGAUGAUGAUUACUUUGCCACCUUGAGGGAACUGGAAGCCACCCUUCGAACCCAGAGCCUCCUCCUGGAGGCCAUUCCUGAGGGGAAGAUCAUGAACAACACCUACUACCAAGAAUGUCUCUUCUACCUGCACAACUACAGCACCAACCUGGCCAUCAUCAGCUUCUACAUGAGGCAUAAUUGCCUCCGGGAAGCCCUGCUACACCUGCUCAACAAGGAAAGUCCUCCAGAAGUCUUCAUAGAAGGCAUUUUCCAGCCCAGCUAUAAAAGUGGGAAGCUACACACUUUGGAGAAUUUACUGGAAUCCAUCGAUCCAACCUUGGAGAGCUGGGGAACAUAUCUGAUCGCCGCCUGCCAACAUCUGCAGAAGAACAACUACUACCACAUCCUGUACGAGCUGCAGCAGUUUAUGAAGGACCAAGUCCGGGCUGCCAUGACCUGUAUUCGGUUCUUCAGUCACAAAGCAAAGUCAUACACAGAGCUGGGAGAGAAGCUGUCAUGGUUGCUUAAGGCCAAGGACCACCUGAAGAUCUACCUCCAAGAAACGUCCCGCAGCUCCGGAAGGAAGAAAGCCACGUUCUUCCGGAAGAAGAUGACUGCGGCUGACGUGUCCAGGCACAUGAAUACACUGCAGCUACAGAUGGAAGUGACCAGAUUCUUACAUCGCUGUGAAAGCGCUGGGACCUCUCAGAUCACCACCCUGCCCCUGCCAACACUCUUUGGAAACAACCACAUGAAAAUGGAAGUUGCCUGCAAGGUUAUGCUGGGAGGAAAAAAUGUGGAAGAUGGUUUUGGAAUUGCAUUCCGUGUUCUGCAGGACUUCCAGCUGGACGCUGCUGCGACCUACUGCAGAGCUGCCAGGCAGCUGGUUGAGAGGGAAAAAUAUGGUGAGAUCAGACAGCUGCUCAAGUGUGUCAGUGAGUCAGGCAUGGCAGCCAAAAGCGACGGUGACACCAUCCUCCUCAACUGCCUGGAAGCCUUCAAGAGAAUCCCGCCUCAGGAGCUGGAGGGACUGAUCCAGGCCAUCCACAGCGAUGACAACAAGGUUCGGGCCUAUCUGACAUGUUGCAAGCUACGUUCCGCCUACCUGAUUGCUGUGAAGCAAGAACACUCACAGGCCGCCGCCCUCGUCCAGCAGGUGCAGCAGGCAGCCAAAAGCAGUGGGGAUUCUGUAGUGCAGGACAUCUGUGCUCAGUGGCUUCUGACAAGCCACUCCCGCGGUGCCCAUGGCUCAGGCUCCAGGAAGUGACCCUGGGCCGCAGAACCUGGAAACCAUAGCCUGGGAACUCUGGCAACAGGCACGAUGCCACACGAUGCCCUCCAUCUCCGUCUUCCUGUGGAGUGGGACUUUCUGUGCCCGACCCAGGUUGGAGUGAACAAGUUGGACCGUACCUGCCUGAGUGGGCAGGAGUAGGUCCUUUCACACAAGUGCCAUGUAAAAUUGUAGACUCUGUGUUUGUCUGGAGAUAGCCACUUCUUUCUACCUCAGAGUGACUGUGCGUGCGCAUGUGUGCACACCCGUGUGCAUGCUCCUGUGCACUUGUGUUUACGCCCAAGCAGUUUCUGAACAAAUGAGACCCCCUCCAUUGAAGAGAGACGCUUUACUCCCUGCUUUGUGCUGGCCUGAAGACCUUCGGUGUUUUUGGUUUGUGUCCUAAGUUGGCCUGUUCGUGCACAGUUCCCCCCACUAUGCAGACAUACAUGCUCCUCCUAACAGGAAGGAUCAAUAGAAUUACAGAGCAAUGCCAAAAAGGUUGCUUCUGCCCAAAAUUCAGAGAAUGUUAGGAGCAUGGCUGUGAAAGAUGGCAGCUUUCCCCGCCACACCUCUCACAAGCACAAGGCUUUCAAGUGCAGCCAUCUGAAAGCCCUGGCAGUGGUGUAAAGGGUCAGCUCUGGGAGGCUGAGGCCAGGCCCCUUCACAUUCGUUCAGAGGAAGGAAGAGGCAGACCUCUCCGAGCACAAAGCCAGCUCUUGUCAGUGUCCCUUACGGAUGGGUGAGGACACAUGGCUUUUUCUUUCAGAGGCUGGGGAGAGAAAUGGUAGCCGGGAUCCCGGGACUGAGUGAGUGCUAGACUACCUGUUUGCAUUCCAUUCCCGACUGUACCUCUUGAAUUAGUUAAGAAACCACUUCUCCAUUCCUCGUGCUCCUAUCUGGUCUCCUCAGGCCCACGGGGUGGAUGUGCCAAGGCCUCCCUCAUUGAGGCAGUACACUGAGAGGUUGGGGCUUGCUUCAGAGUUGGGUCUGCAGACAAGUCAGAACAAGGGGAUAACGAGUCAUCCUCAUCCGAGAUGAAGGGGUUAAUAUGCAUCUGCUUUCCACCUAAGGUGAGUUGGUGCUCAAGAGAGAAAGGGUCUGCAAUUUGGUGGCUGAUUUGUAAAUGAGGGCCCUAAAGAAAGGCCCGUGGCCCCAAGUCUCCCACCAGCCAGAGCUCAGCCUAUUGGUCUCCCCUUUGCUGCCAAGGCAACAGGAACUGGAAACUGAAGUCAGUGUCUCUGGUGCUUAGAAACCCUGUUCAUUUCUUCUGAACCAAGAUUUUCUUAAUUAACAGUCGUAGUGGACAUCUGUCAGAUUCCAGGCUUUGGUCCUAAUAGAGAAGAACGGCCGAAGCAGAACCCUAGCUUGCUUAAGGCUGAGGACUGACAGUGGCCUUCCCUUCCUGAAGCAUAGAACACACCACAGCUCCCAGGAACCCCCAUUGCCUGGGGUCUGCUUACACUCAAGGCUGUGUACAUUUGCACUGAACAUAAGCACUUUACACAACUGGGUUGUAAGUCUUGCAGCCCUCGAUUUAGGAUGUCACAACCAGAUUUCCCUGACUAUCUUCUAACUUGAAUUGUAAACAUAGGUGGACCAUUGACCAGGUUAACAGAGAAAAGACUGCAGACCUAAGACAUCACACUGUGGUCCCCUGAAAAGUAACAAUAACAUCAGAGCAAUUGUACAUGUUGAGGGGUUGUGUGUCCUCCUACAACCAAGCCACAAUAAACUGCCUAUCCCACCUA